AUGGCCGGGAGGGGGCUCGGGGUGACGGGCACAGACCCCGGGGCUGGGAUGGGAACGGAGUCGCGACCGCGGCAGCGGGAACCGGAGAGACCCCGGUGCCAUUCCCAGCACGAUGACCGUGUCGGUGGCCGAGGCUUCCCGGGGCGGCGGCGGAAGGGCCGGGGGCCGUUCCGGGGGAAGAUGUACAGCGAGGUGACCCCCCGGAGCCGCCCCCGCCGCGCCCGCCCCGACGAGGACGACGGAGACGUUCCCAUGGCCGAGCCCCACGACGGCCCCCGCGGGCGAUAUGUCCCGUACGCGCCGCGCUCCGGCCGCCUGGCCAACAUCAACAUCACGGUGAAACGGGAACCGGGAGAGCGCGGGGGCGGCUCCGGCAGGGACGGGGGCAGGAGGAGCUGGUUCAAAAUCACGUUCCAGUUCCACUACGACCACAACCGGGCCCAGUUCUACGUGGAGGACGCCACCACGGCCAGCGCCCUCAAGCAGGUGUCCCGAAAAAUCACCGACAGGGACAACUACAAGGUCGUCAUCGUCAUCAACUCCUCGGCGCCGCCGCAGUCGCUGCAGAACGAGCUCAAACCCGAGGAGAUCGAGCAGCUCAAGCUGGACAAGCUGAAGGGGUUGAAGCUCCAGGAGCUGUGGCUCGAUGGGAACCCCCUGUGCGACGCCUUCCGGGACCAGAGCACCUACAUCAGGUCCGGUUUGGGCACUCCCUGGAUGUUUUUUUGGGCACUCCCUGGAUGGUUUUUUCCCCCCCCAGCCAUGCGUUUCAAGCUCCUCAAGCACACGAGGCUCAACGUCGUGGCUUUCCUGAACGAGCUGCCCAAGACCCAGCACGACGUCAAUUCCUUCGUGGUGGACAUUUGUGCCCAGACGAACACGCUGCUCUGCUUCACCGUCCACGGAUUCUUCAAGGAAGGUGAGUCCCCAGUUUUUUUAAUUUUUUUUUUUUUUUUGCUCUGCAUUGUCAAUGACGAGCUCUUUGUGCGCGGCGCCAGCCCCGAGGAGCUGCGCAAAGCCUUCGCCCUCCCCGCGCCCACGCCCUCCUCCAGCCCCGUGCCCACCCUGACGGCCGAGCAGCAGGAGAUGCUGGCGGCCUUCGCCAUGCAGUCGGGCAUGAACCUCGAGUGGUCCCAGAAGUGAGUC